AAACACAGGUAGAAGAACAAAAACUGGAUCCGCCGGUCUCUGUGCGCUUUAUGAAAACCCACACGGAAGUCACAAGGAUCAGUGGGAAGUCUCUGAUCUCCAGCUUUUUUUUCACUGAGCAGGGAGGCUCUUUACCUCCACAUCACAGCGAGUGGAAACAACCGACAGUAUCGACACGGGAACCAUGUCUAGGACCUAAACUCUGCCGAGGACUGAAACACUAAUAUUAAUCCACUGCCGUCGGUUAACCAGCGGAGUAAACAAGGACAGACGAAGAGUCGCCAAUGGAUCGGUACCACGACCUGGACUUGGAGUGUGAUGGAGGAGGCGUUGCACAAAAAGCAGCGUUAUUCGGUGGGAUGUUAAAGAGAUCCUCUAAGUCUGCAGAACCAUCUGCUCAAGCACAGGACAAUUUAUCGGCCAAUGGUGAACUUUCAAAGAGCAACGACAGUCUGGCAUCCAACAACGACUCCAAGGACAAAGGAGGCGUGUUUAAAGGAAUGUUUAAGAAGGCGACCAGAUCCGCCAAAGACGAUCAACCACAGGCCACCCUCUCAUUACAAAAUCCUGAACUCUCUGCCAGUAGCGACAGCUUAACAGACAAUAAGAAGUCGUCGAAGGACAAAUCAGGUGUGUUCAGUGGGAUACUGAAACGAUCUCCCAAACCAGGACAUGUCCGGAGUCCUUCACAGGAUCUUUUGGACGAUAAGCUCUCGGUCAGUACCGACAGUCUGUCUGAGAACGCCAACACUAAGGAGUCAGGCGGGAUGUUCAGUGGGAUGUUUAAAAAAUCCCCAAAGCCCUUUGGAGCAAGAACACAAUCUCAGGAUGAUUUGGCUGCACCAAGUGAGCUCUCGGGCAGCACCGACAAUCUUUCUGUAAAUGGAAACACUAAGGAGUCAGGUGGGAUGUUCAGUGGAAUAUUUAAAAAAUCUCCGAAGCCCUUCGGCGUGAGGACACAAUCUCAGGACGACUUGUCUGCACCCAGCGAGCUCUCAGGCAGCAAUGACAAUCUUUCUGAGAACAAUACGAAGGAGAAAGGAGGACUCCUGAGUGGCGUGUUCAGGAAAAAAGGUGCCAAAUCUCAGUCUCAGGAUGAUUUGUCUAUGGAUGGUGAACUCUCUGCCAGCAGUGACAGUCUCACAGAGAAGUCUUCAAAGGGUGGAGUCGCAGCAAAAAUCCUCAAGAAUCCUUUCACUUCCUCCUCUCAGGAAAAGGACAAGACUGAACACUCAGGAGACUCAAAUGAGAAUACCUCUUCCACAGAGAAGCCCAAAGCCAAGCAGAACGGUCUGAGUGCGAUGAUGAAGAGCACGUUCUCCACUGACAGACAGCAGGAGAAGAAUGCAGACACUGAUGGUGAGGAGACAUCGGACAAUGGAGAGGGUCAGCCUGGUCACAAACAGAAUAAACUUGCUGGGGCAAUGACGAAGCUGAAUCCGUUUCGAUCUGCGAACAAAAGUGAGAAGCAGACAGGCUCUAAUGACGAAGAACCACCUGCAAGCAGUGACAAGUCAUCCGGAAACAAACAGAACGCCAUGAUUGGAGCCAUGUCCAAACUGAAUCCAUUCCGCUCUGCAAAUAAAAAAGACACUGAAGACACAGAGACGCUCAAGGAGAACGAGAAACAAGUGGAAGGGAAGCCGAAACCGGUCAAAAGCAACAUGAUCCAGCAAGAAAGGAAGGAAAGGAGUGAAACACCACUGGUCCCACCCAGACCAACUGAAGAGGAGAUGAAGAGGACGUCCACAUAUGACAAAGUGAAACCAAGAGGGACGGAGGAUAAUCAGGAUAAAAAGGACGUGAUCUCCAGACAGAAAAAAGAAAAGCCUGCAGAGACUCCUGUAGUUCCUGCCAGACCAUUAGAAGAGGAGAUGAACAGAGCACCGACUCGUGGUCUGCAAAAGCAGAAGAACAACCAUCAGAAGAAGUCCGAUGACGAGGGACUCAAACAAGAUGAAGCUGCUGAAUCCAAAGAGGGAGACGAGGUGAACCCUCCUGAGAGCAAAACAACCAAGGUGAAAAAACACAAGCACCAUAACCCCUUCAUGCCACGUGCUGCAGCCAAGGCAGCAUCUGAUGAUGAACAGCUGAAAGACGAAGAUGAAUCUUCAUCCAAAGAGGAAAACAAAGAUGAGGAGGACAAGGAUAAAAGAGAGGAGACCAAAGUCAAGAAACCUAAGCGGCACAAUCCCUUCAUGCCACGGGUCAAGGGCAAAGUUAUACAGAGGCAUACACAGGACGAAGCUGAGGGCAACAACGCAGAGAAUGAAGGUGGAAACAGGUCCUUGUUUGACCAGCUUGAGGACUUCCGUAUUGAUCCAGUGCAGCCUGAAGAUGAUCAGGAUGUGGAUCUUAUGGAGUGGUGGAACACAGUGGAGCCUUGGGAAGACACGCCUCAAGAUGAUGAAAUGACAGAUAAAGAAGAGGCCAAGGCAUUUGCUUUGACGGCUGAAAAGGUGCAGAAGGGAAUCCGCGUCUUCAACAAACUGUUCUCAGAGCGCGCUGAGAGCCUCUGGCAGCACGUCAUCGACCUCAACGGCAUUGCCGACGCCCUGGACAAGUUCAACAAGAACACGAAGAUCGCUCAAAUCACCGGUGGUUCCACCAGCGCCAUUGGGGGUGUUGCCACCAUCGCUGGCCUCGCUCUGGCCCCGGUCACCCUGGGUACCUCUUUGAUUGUGACGGCGGUGGGAUUGGGCGUAGCCGCGGCAGGCGGUCUGACAUCAGCCGGCGCUGGAAUCUCCAACCAGGUCAACAACUCAAUGGACCGCAAGAAGGUGGAGAAGAUCGUGGAGGACUACCAGGAGAAGAUAGUGGAUUUGAACAAGUGCCUGAAAUUCAUCAAGCAGGGUAUCGAAAACCUGCGCAAAUUUGACCUGCUCAAGAUGAAAAAACAUGCUUAUAAUCGUGACUUCCCAGCGCUCACUAGUAGUUUCUAUGAGGAUGGUGCCAUGGCGGGAAAAGCGAUCCUCAUCAACGCCAAUGAGAUCAUGCGUGUGGUUCAGAUCGCCAAUGUGGCCGGCAGCACAGCGGCCAGAGCGGUCCAGAUUGCCAGUAUGGCCACAGGUGUGCUCACCGGACUCUUCGUAGGUAUGGACAUCUACUUUGUGGCUAAAGACUCCAAGGAACUGAAGAAAGGGGCCAAGUCAGAGUUCGCUGCCAAAAUCAGGGAGGUGGCAACGCAACUGCACGACGGUCUGGUUGAGCUCAACAGCAUACGAGAGGAGCUGCAGUCCACCACAUCAGAGGGCAACAAAGACAAAGAUACAGCUGAUUUGGACAAUGACAAGAAAGAGAAAGAAGAUCAAUAUGAGAGUUCAGAUGAAGAUGAAAUCGACCGCAUUAAAAAAGCCAUCAAAAAGGACAUUGAGAACAGAGAAUAUGUUUGACUGUAAAAAAAACAGUCCCCGGUGCAAAAAGUUUUUGACUCAAACUACAAUCAGAUGUAUUCUGAAUGUCCAUAGAGGAGACGUCACUACAUACAGCUUUCUAAAGCCUCUGGCUUUCUCUUUUAGGGAACUGACUGCUUGAAAUCUGAUCAGCAUUAACACUACAGGGAGGAACUGGAGUUUUGUGGUAGAUAAAGUAUCAUAUCUGUUGCUCAGGCGGGUGUGCCAAUGUGUGAAAUUGCCAUGUUUUUUUUUUGUUGUUUUUUUUGUUUUUUUAGAAAGUGGGAUUGAAGGAUUUAAAUAAAUCAUGAAUUAGUAUAGUACUGUUUUAGAUUAAUUAAAGAAAUAUGUGCAAAGUGUUUUCUAGACUUAACCAUUUAGAUUUUAAAGUGUUGCUUAGUUUUGUCAAUGUUUAUUGGUUCAUAUUGAAACACUGGGGCUUUUACUGACCAGUUGUAGAGAUUGUGUAUACUCCUAGAGACAAGUGCCUUUAUUAUUUAUAAUGCCUUAGAAAUACACUGAUGCAGCGUAGCAGGGUCUGAUUCCUUGAGUUGUUAUUUGGGUGUCAGGGCUGCAGUGAGACCAUUUCCCGACAUCAUAUGGGUUGCAUCAACUGUUCAUUAGUCAAUCACUGAUUUCGAGUGCUAAGUCCUUCCUUAGUUCUUGCUAGCUACAAGCGAGUGCAAAGCUAGUGAUUCGCUAAAUUGGGUUGUACCAUUAAAACUUAGAGAGUGAGGGUGCCCCGGUGGCUCACAUGGUAGAGCGCGUACCAUGAAGGCUUAGUCCUAACUGCGGGGGGGCCGGGUUCAAAUCUGACACGCAGCCGUUUGCUGCAUGUCAUUCGUGGUACAUUGUGUUUACGUUAUUAUUAAACAGCAUUUUGAUCAAGUGUGAAGUCAGAUAUAUCCUAUAUAUAUCGAUAUAGAUCCUAUAUUCUACAUUACUUCUGAAACUUUUCAGUCUAAACACGGUCAUAUUAGGAACUUUGUUCUGUUAGCUAGGCAACAGUAACACCUGCAGCCACUUGGUGUGAGGGUUUAGUUGCAACUAAUCCAUACAUGGGGGCAGUGUGUUUUAAUUUAGUCAUGUUCAUGACACCUUUAAAGAAACCAGCCAGUACUGACUCAACCUGUCCUGAAAAACAACCAUGUCCUUUUUAUUAGAGCAAGCUCCAACGAUGAAUGAUUAAUGAACUUCAUAUUUAUUUUUCUGUCUUAUUCUGGGUUGAACUGGUUAUUCGGUGACACCUUUUUAUGUGCAAUAAUACAGUAGAACUUCAUGUGUAAGAAAUGUAAAAUGUAAAAAUUGUCAUUAAAAAGUCUGAGAAACA